GAGCUGCAGUUAAAGCGGCAGCUGCUGACAGCUUUAAGUUUCUCUCAAAUGUUCAAACCCUUUGCAUGGACCAUAUCUAGAGUCAUCAAAUGCAUGACCUGGGUUCCUUCUGCUUUUGACAGUAAUAUGUCACAAUAGCGUGGCUUGUCAGAUACGGGCCAAAUAAAUAGGGGUUGGCUGAGGUAAGAGGAACAGGAAGAGACGAGACGAGAGAAGGUAGCACGGCAGACAGAAAGGGCGAGAGCUUGGCACGUCGGUAUGUGAAACUCUUUGUGCCAUGUUUUUUUCUUCAUAAAGAAAUUGACAAGACAUGUGGCAAGCCAAAAAUGCUGUUCUCCGCCUGUGGUGACUUUACGAGAUGAUGCUUUGAAGAGAGAAGUUCAAUACAUAUAGGGGUGACAAGUGAGAUUAUUGGACUACACAAAGAUCAACUAAUUGAAAUGGCUGAAGAGGGACUGCUGGAACGUCUCGUCAUCACCGAAGAGGGAGACAUGCCUGAGAGUGUCAUUGACAUAGGGGCGAGCAGUUCAGUUGUCAUCCUUCAGAGCUGCAGCGGCGAGUCGGCUCUGAAAGAGGAAGAGGAACAUACAGGAGUGGGCAAGAACGAAGAAGAAAUAGAGAGUAAAAUGUGUUUAGAAAAACAACGAACCACCGCAGAGGACAACCAGACACGGGAGGUUGUUGUGACUGAAGAGGACAAACCAGAGAAAACUGAAAACAUGAAUGAUGGACACAACAGAGGUGACAUUGAGAGUGAAGGUGUGACGAUGAGGAUUAAUAAAACACCUGAGAAACCCAGUGACACAAAGGAUGAAAAGGUUACACAAGUGGAAUUAAAGAGUUUAAAUUCCUCUGAGCAACAACCUGAAGGGACAAAGAACCAAGAAGAGGAUCAAGCAAAGGUUCACCCGUUAGCACCUGAAUUCCCGGAGGCGCUGUACGAGCUGCUCUUCACCCUUCAGGAGGGGAGACGGCUCAAUGACCAGCGCUGCUCCUUCAGGCUGGAGAGUGGGAUGAGGAGGAGGUGCCACUCUGAGCCCAACACCAGCAAGCCAGCCAACAGAGUCAUGUUUUCCUCCAUGACUUCACUGCAGAAAGAGGAGUUUUUUGAGUUGGUGGCCACCGCUCAAGCUCGCCGGCUGAAUGACCAGAGGGCCAAGCUUGAAAAGUCACCACCACCAAAACCAAAAGGCAGAGGCUUCAGAGGCAGCAUAAAGCAAAUCUCUUUCGCGAGAAAGCCUGCGCCUGCGCCAGUUCCCGUGCCUGUGCCCAAAGAGGAUCUCUAUAAUAUGAUUCUCGCGACACAAUCCCAGGGCAGGCUGGAGGAUCAGCGCAGCAGGGCUCCUGGUCCCAUGGAUGAUGACGACUUUUUCUCCCUGCUCCUGAGGGUCCAGGGAGGACGCAUGGACGAGCAGAGGACCGAACUACCAUGCUUGCUGCAAACCUGAGAUGGGAAACAAAAAACUGUGGGGCUACAGUGGGAGCCAUCCAGUAUUGAAGCCUUUUUAGUUUCUGUUAACACAUGUAUUCUUUGUUGUUGACCCUGAUGAUGCUUUGUUUCAGGAAAUAGUUUCCCCUCUUCAUAGUGUUGGUCAGUGUUAAAGCUGUUGAGAUAGUAGCAAUAAACGCUAAUGUUUGAGCAACAGAGCUUUUAAUGCGACUUGAGGGAUGUUCCUGAUCAGUUUGUUAAGUUUACUGCUAGUUUGCUAUUUCUUUGUUUCCUAGUAAAAAGGAUCAGUAGAUAUGCUUUCUUAUCUUGCCAAUAUUUGUAUUUUAUUGAGUGCCUGCGAUGAGUGGUUGACUGAUUUUGUGUGUGUUGUCGUUCUUAUUGUGGAGGACGCAUUCGACUGAUCUCUAUUGUUUCUCCUUGUAUGUACAGUGCAGAAAUUAAACACACCAGGGAUGGCCUUGAGGAAACAAUAGGCCAAACUGUGCUUGACUGUAAAUGGGGAAAAUAAACAAAAUGUCUAUCUGA